AUGACCAGUAGCGAGCCAUCCUCGAAAGAGGAUGAAUCUCCUGCACCAAAGAGCCCCGCCAAUGACACCGAGAUCGGGCAAAAGUCCAACGACGAGCCAGAAACCCAACCAAACACUAGAGAGACCAACCAGCCACAGGAAUCAAAUCAAGAAGCGAAGACAGAUGAAUUUGGGCUGCCCGUGAAGAAGAUAGGAAGGCGGUCCACAAGUGGUACUGAGCAUACAACCGCGUCGGAAGAUUCGGAAUCGAAGGCACAUGCGGGGACCGCCCCCCCACAAGAACCCAUUCACAGGAGAGAGAAGAGCGGAGUAGAUAUUUAUCAGGGAUCCAAUCAUACCGAUGAAGGCAAGACCUCGAGGCUACCUGCAACCGACGAGCCUUCGUCGCAGGUUAUUGAGGUGCCUAUAAAGGCAUCUACAGAGCAGCCAGCGCAGGAACCGGAGUUGCUCAAGGGCAAUGAGACUUCUGGAUUACGUGAUACUUCAAUCGAAGAACCGCACAAGGUCUCGAGUACUGAUGCAUCUCGCCGGUCUACAACAGACAAGAUUCUACACGGUCAGACUGGCUCGAUAUCAGGAUGGUCACAUCAAGCCUUAGCAUCACAAAAGCCGGUAGAGGAAGAGAAAAAAGACAACGAAACAUGGCAAUCGAUGCCCGCCUACGCCCAGUAUGAUCUCUAUGACGAUGAUGGGCACCUACUUGCUAAGGAAGCCCCCGACUCAGACGAGGAAGCCAAUGCCUAUCAUGGUACAGGCGGCGCAGGCAAAGGCUACACUCGUGUCCAAAAUGAUGAGGAUGCACAGAGCGCUACAAGCAUGGAUGAUAAUACCGACUAUCUGUUUAAGCAAGUCAAGGGAACUGACUUGUCCGCCGAGGACGACGAAGCAAGAGAUCCAUUAGCUCAACUGCAAGCGACUAAGGACCUGUUGACUGAGGGGCAGAGAAUCGCUUAUGUAGGUGUGACCAGGUUAGCCUUUGCAGAGAUGGUCAAGGAACUUGAGGAAAUGGACUCUACGAGGAAGACUAAGAAAGAGGUUCGCCUUGCCUUCGAGAGCAUGAAAAUGUGGAGUCAGAAAAUGAUGGUCAGGCUAUAUGCACAUAUGGACAUUGACCAAUCUGAACAGGUCAUGAUCGAGCAAUUGACCGAGCACGGAGUCCUUGCGGCAGAUCUAACCCCUUUACUGAUGCAAAAUGCCAGAGUGAAGAACCCGAUGGCCGACGAAGGCGAAUCCACAGAGGAUACUAAGAAGGAAUCCAAGACUGGGCUCGAGGAUGAAUCCGAGGGCAAGGCCAAAGAUACACCCGAAGCUGAGCCACAAGAGCAGUCUCAAAGCUCAGCCAACGGCAGUUCGAAAACGGACAGUAUAGCACCAGCAUCGUCGAAAGCUUCUCCUGAAAUUACUGAAAAGCAGAAGAUCCCUCUCAAGAGUCUCGGCCAGGGCAAUGAGAGACACCCGUCAAUAGAUUCUUCACAGCUUCACAGUCAUAGUGAUCCUCCAAAGGAUGAACCCUUACCACCAUACAAAGAGCACGACCAUGACGAACCAUUCGAAGAUGUUCGGGGUCCAUCGCAACUUGGAAAUAGUAAGAACAUCGAUAUCGAUCUUCGUUGGACUGUUUUAUGUGACCUGUUCCUUGUGCUGCUCGCUGACUCGAUCUACGAUGCUCGAUCAAGGACGCUGCUCGAACGAGUUGGCAAGUCUUUAGAAGUUUCUGGGCUUGACAUUUGUCGAUUCGAGAAAAGAGUUACAGAAGCACUUGAAAUGCAAGAAGAAGCGGAGAAAGAGACCUGGGACGAGGCCGAGCAUAUCGAGGCUCGAAGGAAGUUGGCGCUAAAGCGAAGAUACAUGAUGAUGGGCAUUGCUACUGUCGGAGGCAGUCUCGUGAUCGGGCUGUCAGCUGGAUUGCUUGCUCCGGUCAUCGGUGCUGGUAUGGCUGCAGGCUUUACUACCAUUGGAGUUGCUGGAACGAGUGGUUUCCUGGCUGGCGCUGGAGGUACAGCUCUCAUCACUUCUGCAGCGGUUGCUACUGGAGGCACAAUUGCUGUGCGAGCCUCGGACCGACGGACAGGCGCCGUCAGUACGUUUGAAUACCGACCGCUACACAACAACAAGCGGGUGAAUCUGAUAAUCUCAGUAUCAGGCUGGAUGAAUGGUAAGGUUGAUGACGUUCGAUUACCUUUCAGCACCGUCAACCCUGUAAUGGGUGACAUGUAUUCAAUACUGUGGGAGCCAGAGAUGAUGCAGAGUAUGGGUCAAACAAUCAACGUUCUUGCCUCUGAGGCCCUUUCACAGACCGUUCAGCAAGUACUGGGUAGCACUAUUCUCAUUGCUCUGAUGUCCGCUCUUCAAUUGCCGAUUGUCCUUACCAAGCUCUCAUAUUUUAUCGACAACCCGUGGACGGUGUCAAUGGCCCGCGCAAAUGCAGCAGGCUUAAUCCUUGCAGACUCCUUGAUUGACCGCCAUUUAGGAAUGCGACCUGUCACUCUGGUAGGCUUUUCAUUGGGUGCACGCGUGAUCUUCUCGGCCAUACGAGAACUUGCUAGGCGCGGAGCUUUCGGUAUUGUCCACAAUUGCUUUCUUUUUGGGUCCCCAAUCGUUGCCAACCGGGAUGAGUACAUCCGCGUGAGGUCUAUGAUCUCGGGAAGAUUCGUCAAUGGCUAUGCCUCGAACGAUUGGAUUCUUGGAUAUCUUUUCCGCGCCACAGCUGGAGGAGUGUGGAAAGUCGCAGGUUUAGCACCAGUAGCCAACAUCCCUGGCCUCGAAAAUAUCAAUUGUACCGAGCUAGUCAAUGGACACAUGGCCUACCGUGCCGCCAUGCCCAAGCUUCUUCGGGAGAAGCUGAAAUGGGACGUCGACAGCGACGAAUUCACCGAAAUCGAAGACCCUGACCCCGAAAAUCACGACAAGCGCCAAAGAGAAUUAAUUCGUGAGCUCGAAGAUGCUCGCACAGAUGUGGCGCAAAAACCAGAGAAGAAACGCUUCGGCCUCUUCAAGCGCGGUAAACUAGCUAGAAAGAAGGGCUGGGAGACCUACGACGCAUCCAUGAAAGACGGUGGUGAGGAUGACUUCAGUACUGCAGCCGCAGAAGGAGUAGGGGCGAACGUUCUAUUUGACAUUGAGGCAAUCAAGCGGGAGCUAGAGAGUGAGCAAAUUGAUGUUCGAGAGAUUGAGUCAACAAUGCCGCCCAUGAAGCUCAACGUCAAUGGGUCAUCUAAAAAUGUGGAUCACGAUUCUCGCCCGAAUGCGCACGAAACCCGCAGCUAUGAUGAGACAAUGGUGUAUGAGACUAGGCAGUCGAAGGCGGCAUCAUCAGCAUCAUCCUUACCAAAUGGCAGAGAUCAGAAGUUUAAUCCCUUCAACAAGGGCUAUGACGAGUACAAUCUCUCUGGAGAAACCGUCAAUGCUACUCAAAAAGCGGAGGAGCCAAAACUUUCCUUCGAGUCUCAACGACGUACGCCCUCACCUUUACCCUCGCCGCGAUAUAGAGGGCCAGAUCAACAGGCCCCAUCGCCGUUGAAGGACGCCCAGUCUAGCACACCACCUCCUAGACCCUCAAUUCAGACAACGUUAUCGAGUCCAGCGAGUGUAGGCAUUGGAGGUGGACCUGUAAGCUUUGAGCAUAAUGCAUGGCUCGAUGAAGAGGACGAUGACUUUGGAAAAGAACAGGAAGUCAAAAUGACGUUUUGA